UGGAAGUGGUUUUUCCGGGAGAGACCACGCUUCCCCUCAAGCUCCCCAACGGCUCCGCCUUCCCGCCGGAGCCUGACCCUUCCCAGCGUGCCCGACGAUUCCGGCGUGCGAGGCCCUUGGAGGGCAAGGCCCCAGGGCCUGGCUUAGGAGCGCGAGAGGCAGGCUGGGAAUUGUAGUUCGAAAGCCCUCGAGAGCGGCUAGAGGCUGGCGGUGGAGAGGACUAGUUGUCCCAGCGUGCCCUGCGCCUCAGCCCGCGCGCUCGCAGCUUCUCGCUCUCGCCUGCCGGCCCGCUCCCUUGCUUGCUCGCGCUUUCGCUCGCCCUCUCCUCGAGGAUCGAGGGGACUCUGACCACAGCCUGUGGCUGGGAAGGGAGACAGAGGCGGCGGCGGCUCAGGGGAAACGAGGCUGCAGUGGUGGUAGUAGGAAGAUGUCGGGCGAGGACGAGCAGCAGGAGCAAACUAUCGCUGAGGACCUGGUCGUGACCAAGUAUAAGAUGGGGGGCGACAUCGCCAACAGGGUACUUCGGUCCUUGGUGGAAGCAUCUAGCUCAGGUGUGUCGGUACUGAGCCUGUGUGAGAAAGGUGAUGCCAUGAUUAUGGAAGAAACAGGGAAAAUCUUCAAGAAAGAAAAGGAAAUGAAGAAAGGUAUUGCUUUUCCCACCAGCAUUUCGGUAAAUAACUGUGUAUGUCACUUCUCCCCUUUGAAGAGCGACCAGGAUUAUAUUCUCAAGGAAGGUGACUUGGUAAAAAUUGACCUUGGGGUCCAUGUGGAUGGCUUCAUCGCUAAUGUAGCUCAUACUUUUGUGGUUGAUGUAGCUCAGGGGACCCAAGUAACAGGGAGGAAAGCAGAUGUUAUUAAGGCAGCUCACCUUUGUGCUGAAGCUGCCCUACGCCUGGUCAAACCUGGAAAUCAGAACACACAAGUGACAGAAGCCUGGAACAAAGUUGCCCACUCAUUUAACUGCACACCAAUAGAAGGUAUGCUGUCACACCAGUUGAAGCAGCAUGUCAUCGAUGGAGAAAAAACCAUUAUCCAGAAUCCCACAGACCAGCAGAAGAAGGACCAUGAAAAAGCUGAAUUUGAGGUACAUGAAGUAUAUGCUGUGGAUGUUCUCGUCAGCUCAGGAGAGGGCAAGGCCAAGGAUGCAGGACAGAGAACCACUAUUUACAAACGAGACCCCUCUAAACAGUAUGGACUGAAAAUGAAAACUUCACGUGCCUUCUUCAGUGAGGUGGAAAGGCGUUUUGAUGCCAUGCCAUUUACUUUAAGAGCAUUUGAAGAUGAGAAGAAGGCUCGGAUGGGUGUGGUGGAGUGUGCGAAACAUGAACUGCUGCAACCAUUUAAUGUUCUCUAUGAGAAGGAGGGUGAAUUUGUUGCCCAGUUUAAAUUUACAGUUCUGCUCAUGCCCAAUGGCCCCAUGCGGAUAACCAGUGGUCCCUUCGAGCCUGACCUCUACAAGUCUGAGAUGGAGGUCCAGGAUGCAGAGCUAAAGGCCCUCCUCCAGAGUUCUGCAAGUCGAAAAACCCAGAAAAAGAAAAAAAAGAAGGCCUCCAAGACUGCAGAGAAUGCCACCAGUGGGGAAACAUUAGAAGAAAAUGAAGCUGGGGACUGAGGACCGCCAGCAGAGCGGGGGCGAUCUCCCUGCCCCCAGCCCAGUUCCCCAACCCACUCCCUUCCAACAACAACCAGCUCCAACUGACUCUGGUCUUGGGAGGCGAGGCUUCCCAACCACGGAAGACUACUUUAAAUGAAAAAAAGAAAUUGAAUAAUAAAAUCAAGAGUCAAAAUUCAUCGUCUUCAAGCCCCUCUUUCUAGCCUUUUCUACUACUCUCUGCUUGGUCAAGGUUUGUGCCCUACUACAGAACAGGGCUAAAUUAGCCACCACCACUGAAAACUCAACUGAAUUUUUUUAUACCACUCUGAUGUCAGCAUUUUUCCAUCUGUUUGGGGCUUUUUCCUCUUUUUUCCAUUCUCCCCAAAUAUUUUAUCUGGCUUCAAAAUUAAGAGGAUUAUUUUUCAGAUUGUUUUUAUUCAGUGUGGCCGAUUCCUCAUCUGAUUCAGGCUGUCCAGCCAGGCCCCUCCCAUUUUAGGAGCUGGAGCCUUUAUGAAGAGAUUCUCAUCUAUGAAAUGGAUCCUCAUUUGUAAAUCUUUUUUCUUCCAUUUUCACAAAGCUGUAAAGAAAUAAUCCAUCUCAACCUUACCCUUUUCUCUGGAGUCAGUGGGGUCUUUCCUCGCUCCAUCUUACACAAACCUGAGGUGGAAGCUCAACUGGUUUUGUUCCCUGUUUGAAAUAUUGUGAUCUCCCUCCCUUGAAAGAAAAACCAAGAACCAGAGGAGUAGACUGACUGAAGACACAACUCCUGGCUUUCUGAAGCUAUGGACUUGGAUUGAAUUGCUGGGGGUUUGUAGAGAAAGGUGACAAAUUUCAGUACCUCUGGCAUGCUGUCCCAGGAAACUAGGGCUCCCACUAACUUAUGAGGUUUUUAAACACACUGAAAAUGACAUGACAUUAAAAUAAAUUUGGAUUUGCUCAUAA